UUUUAGCUACCGUCCAUCUUCAGCUACAGUACAGUGAACGAGCCUGUCGAAAAGAAAACACAAUUUGGACUAAAGAAGACUUUCUGGAAUUAGUUUUGGCUGUACUUGAAAAAAGAAAAACGAAAGUCCAUACCCUAGCUAACGUUGUGACAGACGGAAUGUGAACAUCGUCGCUAAAAGAGCCAUGGCUGACAAGAGAAAACUACAAGGUGAGAUCGAUAGAUGUUUGAAAAAAGUAGCUGAAGGUGUAGAACAGUUUGAAGAUAUCUGGCAAAAGCUCCAUAAUGCAGCCAAUGCAAAUCAGAAGGAAAAAUAUGAGGCUGACCUCAAGAAAGAGAUUAAAAAGCUACAGCGAUUAAGAGAUCAGAUAAAAACAUGGGUGGCCUCAAACGAGAUCAAAGACAAAAGGCAGCUAGUCGAGAAUCGCAAACUAAUAGAGACGCAAAUGGAGAGGUUCAAGGUGGUGGAACGUGAAACAAAAACAAAAGCCUACUCUAAAGAAGGCUUGGGGCUUGCACAGAAAGUGGAUCCAGCACAGAGGGAAAAGGAGGAAACAGGACAGUGGCUAACAAAUACGAUAGACACUCUAAAUAUGCAGGUGGAUCAGUUUGAAAGUGAGGUGGAAUCGCUCUCGGUUCAGACAAGAAAGAAGAAAGGUGAUAAAGAGAAGCAAGACCGUAUUGAAGAGCUCAAGCGAUUGAUUGAGAGGCAUCGAUUCCACAUUCGAAUGUUGGAGACAAUUUUACGAAUGCUGGACAAUGACUCUGUGCCAGUGGAUUCAAUCCAAAAGAUCAAAGAUGAUGUUGACUACUACAUUGAUUCAUCCCAAGACCCGGAUUUUGAGGAGAACGAGUUUUUGUAUGACGACUUAGACCUGGAAGACAUACCUACAGCAUUAGUUGCAACUUCUCCAUCAGGUCAGGGCAACAUGGAAGAUGAGAUGUAUCUCCAUUCCAGCAGCACUCCCACUUCCACAACCUCCUCUUCGCCCAUCCCUCCAUCCCCAGCUACAUGCACUGCCGAGAACUCAGAGGACGAUAAGAAAAGGGGACGGUCGACAGACAGUGAAGUUAGUCAGUCACCUGUGAAGAAUGGCACCCCAUCCUUGCUAUCUUCCUUCUCUUCCUCCGCCACCUCUGGGUCUUCCUCAUCUUCCUCCCUGGUGUCCAUGGCGAGUGUUGUUGGAGGAAUUACACCGGUCCCCACAGGCAGCAGUCUAAUAGGAAGUUUCAGCAGUGCAGUGCAGCAACAUCAGCAUCAACCGGCACAACAGCAGCAACAGUCUCAGCCGCCAAACCAGCCGCCCCAGCAACAACAGCAGCCACCUCAGACAAAACCCUCCGUCUCAUCAAACAACACCCCCAGCCCGCCCAGCAACCCCCUAUUACCAACCUCCAUUGCGCCCUCUCUCCUUACGCCCAGCACACCCAGUUCUGCAGCUCACAACUCCCAGUCUCAGACCACACCUGGACCAACCCCGACAUCCAAUUUGGGACUUGGGCUAGGACUCGGAUUGAGUAAAGGUAGCUUGACGGGGACCAGCAGUGCCAACCAAAUGUCUGGUUUAGGUCUGGGUGGCCACUCCACUUCCCUAAACACAAUGGCAGGGCUCCUUUCGGGCUCCACUCCUGCCCCUUAUGCUCAGGCAGCAGCAUCAGGGGGUCUGGGUUUGAGUAGCACCACCCAGUCCAGCAUUUCAGUGGAAAGCAGCACUUCCAUCCCCACUUCUGGCUCCAGUGGAGUCACCACCAACGGGGCGGGGACGGGGCUUGGAUUACUAGGUUCCAGUCCAUCUCACAGCUCUCUGAGUGGGAGUAUACUGAGUCUGGUUCCGGGACAAAGUGUGGCCUCUGGUUCCUCACUGUUGCCUCCUAGUACUGUCAGCACUACCUCUGCUGUAGCUGCCAUGAUGGGAGGAAAUGGGGGCAAUAUUGGUGUGGUUGGUGGAGUAGGAAUGAAUGCUGCUCCUGCUAGACCUCCAAGUGGACUCAAACAAAAUGGAAGCACAAGUUACAGUGCUGUAGUAGCAGAGUGUUCCACAGAAUCAGUUCUAAGUACACCGAGCCAGUCGCAAAGCAGCCAACCGUCAUCUCUCAGUUCCUCAACCAGUCAGCCGAUGGACAAUGGCCCCAGUUUAAUCAGCUCCAUUACCCUGCCUCCCAGCUCUCCGUCCCCCUCAUUCUCAGACAGCACACCAGGAGGAGGGAGUCUUCUUAACGGGCCCCAUUCCUACACACAGGCCUCAGAAGGCCACAAGGCUCCCGAGCCUCUCAGUUCUCUGAAGGCGAUGGCGGAGAGAGCAGCACUGGGAUCAGGUCUGGAUGGAGAGAUUCCCAACCUUCAUCUGACAGACAGAGACAUCUUCUCUAGUUCAUCUGCGGCACCUGGCACGCCCGCCGCUCCUCAGCAGUCCGUGUCGGAAGUUAGCAUCCCCCCCUCAUUGGGUGUCUGUCCGCUAGGCCCCACCCCUCUCCCCAAAGACCAGCUCUACCAGCAGGCCAUGCAGGAGUCCGCCUGGACCCACAUGCCACACCCCUCCGACUCAGAGAGGAUCAGGCAAUACCUGAUGAGGAACCCAUGUCCCACGUUGCCCUUCCAUCAUCAGGUUCCACCGCACCACUCUGACUCCAUAGAGUUCUAUCAGAGGCUGUCCACAGAAACGCUGUUUUUCAUCUUCUAUUACCUGGAGGGCACCAAGGCUCAGUAUCUGUCUGCAAAGGCUCUGAAAAAGCAGUCAUGGAGGUUUCACACCAAGUACAUGAUGUGGUUCCAGAGGCACGAGGAGCCCAAGACUAUCACUGAUGAAUUUGAACAGGGCACUUACAUUUACUUUGACUAUGAGAAAUGGGGCCAGAGGAAGAAGGAGGGGUUCACCUUUGAGUAUAGGUACCUCGAAGACCGAGACCUGCAGUGACAGACGGAGGGACGUGGAAGGACUGGGAGAGACAAAAAUGUGCUGCUGUUGACAUUCCGAGACUGAACUCCAAACUGUGGAUAGAGAUUGUGAUGUGUAGUAGAAACCCUCUCCUGAAACGGAGACAGGUGUCUGUAUAGGCUGCAUCUCAACGUGACGCUCUUCUGCUCGUGUAGCGCUUUGCUUUUGACAAAAAUGCCCCAUGGGUCUGAUGUGAUGCAUCGCGCUGCACGGGCUGGGGGGGCUCCCAUUAGAGAUCUACGUUUGUGCCUGUCUGUGUGCACACUCAGUAUGUGGCAUUAGGAAAGCCUACCCCAUGCAUGUUUCUCAUGUUUUGUUUUCUUUUUCCGAUUCUCUGUACCACCUACCCAACAUUGAGCCUGGAAGCCUUUGACUUGACACAAAACAAACCUUGAAUUUGAUUGUUAAGUGAACUACCCAUCUUGUAUUUACUGUAAUUUGGUGGUUUAGAAUGGGAACAUACAGUGGAUAUUUAGUCAUGGUGUGUAGGAACGGCUUCUUUUAAGAUCCUACGAUGCCUGUUGAAUAUGGUCACUAUUAGACAUAGUGAGCAGUUAUCAAUAGUUUUAUUGAUAUUGUCUUGGUCGAUUAAAAUACUGAUUGAGAGUGACCACAGGGCCUCUCCCUGUGACAGGGAAAGAGUCCUUAUUGGACAAGGAUUAAAUUGCUAUGCAAUUGAA